CUCCGAAUGAAUAAAGACACUUCCUGUGUCACCCUUAAACGAAACAUUUUAAAGUGUUCAUGGCUUGACGGUACCUAAAGGUAUUAGACUUAAAUAAAAACAAAGCCCAAAAUGAACUACGUACCAGGGACGGCAAGCCUCAUUGACGACAUUGAUAAAAAGCACCUGGUACUGCUCCGAGAUGGCAGGACGUUAAUUGGUUACCUCAGAAGCAUCGAUCAAUUUGCCAAUUUAGUCUUUCAUCAGACAGUUGAGCGGAUCCACGUGGGAAAGAAGUUUGGUGACAUCCCCAGAGGAAUAUUCAUCGUGAGGGGAGAAAAUGUGGUGCUCCUUGGAGAGAUAGAUGUGGAUAAGCCCUGCGACACAGUCCUGCAGCAGGUCUCCAUUGAAGAGAUUCUGGAGGAGCAGCGGUUGCAGCAGCAAGCUAAACAAGAGACAGAGAAAGUCAAAAUGCAAGUGUUGAAGGACCGAGGCCUUUCCAUACCCAAAGCCGAUAACUUAGACGAGUACUAGCACUGCCUUGUUUCCAGGAGUUUCAUUCUCAGUUCGUUUCAGACGUGCGUUUUAUGUUGAAUUUGCUGGUGUAUUGUCAUUUUGAUUUUUCUUUUGGCAGAACAUAGCAUCAUACUGGAUCUCUAAUUUGUAAAGUAAAAAGCAGUUUUUUUUAACCUUUCCUCAGUAUCACUAGAUCAUGCUAGCUAUCCUUUUACCACAGCACUUUGUAAUAGCUCAAUAUUAUGUAAUGACUCUUUGUAGUUGGAUAUAAGGAUAUGCUUUUGAUAAAGAUUUUUUUUCUCCAUUAAAAGAAUUAAGUUCUUCAUUAUUGGAAGACCAGCUUAUAAAAUGUCAUCACAACAUCUGGCUCUUGUUUUGUUUGUAAAAUUAUUAAAAACUGUACAUUUGA